CUUAAAAUGUUUAGCAAAAAAUUUGGAUCAAUGAAGAAACUAGCCAAGAAAGUGAAGUCCAUAGGCACCAACAUUAAUUCCUCAACCAUGGAGCCACCAUUGUUGUCCAACCAAGAAUCCUUGCUCAAGGUUACUGGUGAUUACGGCGGCGGCGCCACCUCGACGCCCACCGGGACAUUCCCGGUGUAUGUGGGCCCCGACAGGCAACGGUUUGUCGUGCCCACGAGCUACUUGUCCCACCCCUUGUUCAAGAUGGUGCUCGACAAGGCUCACGACGAGUUCGGGUUCCACCAAAGGGACGGCCUCGUCGUGCCAUGCAGCAUCACCGCCUUCCGGGAAGUGGUCGCCGCCAUCGAAUGUUGCAAUGGCCAGUUCGAUUUCGGGGAAUUGGUGGAGGAGUUUCUUUGAUUAGGGAAAUGUGAUGGACCGAUUUGCGCGUGUACAUUGGCUCGACAAAAGCGCUCGAUAUGAUCGAAUUUGCGUGGUAGGUUUCGACUAUAUCGUUCGAAUACAACUUUGAAAUAGGUUACUGUAGAUGGAAUUUUUGUGGGGGGUCUCAAGAAAUGUGAUCACUUGUUAUU